AUGGCGACCUCGGGAGGAAAACGGCGAGAAGAAGGCAGUGAUAAUUCCGACGACGAACUCACACCGCUCGCUAACGAGAUCUAUGGUGGCAGCCAGAGAACAGUACAUGAAACGAAAGGAUGGGACGUAUUUCGAGAAUUCCCACCGAAGCAAGACAGUGGGUCCAUGGAGAGUCAGAAAUGUUUGGAAUUCACAGUCCGGUUAUUGAAAUUAUUGGCUUACAUAGUUGUCUUCGUAAUGGUCCUCGGUUCCGGAGUCAUAGCGAAGGGAACAAUGCUUUUCAUGACAUCCCAAUUAAAAAAAGAUAAGCGACUAGCGUAUUGUAAUAGAAAUUUAGGUAGGGAUAAACAAUUUAUAGUAAGUCUUCCAGAUGAGGAGCGAGUAGCGUGGAUGUGGGCCAUACUUGCAGCGUUCGCAAUCCCAGAGAUAGGUACAAUGAUACGAUCUGUAAGAAUCUGUUUCUUCAAAUCUUCUAAAAGGCCGACUAGCACACAAUUUAUUGUGGUAUUUGUAGCGGAGUCAUUACACACAAUAGGAAUGGGGCUACUACUAUUUAUGAUACUCCCAGAAUUGGACGUUGUCAAAGGAGCAAUGAUUACUAAUUGCAUGUGCAUUAUCCCAGCGAUACUUGGACUAUUGUCGCGUAACUCGCGCGACUCCAAGCGGUUCAUAAAAGUGAUAGUGGACAUGGCGGCGAUAGUUGCGCAAGUAACCGGCUUUAUUGGUUGGCCACUGUUGGAAAAUAAACCGGUGUUAUGGCUCAUUCCUAUUGCAUCGUUAUGUAUUUCUGUGGGGUGGUGGGAGAACUACGUAACGCGGCAAAGUCCGAUCGGCGUUAUCAAAAGUUUAUCGAGAUUGAAGGACGAAUUAAUUUUCACACGUUACUACAUGUACCGGUUCAUAUCGGUAUGGAAGAUACUCUUAUUCUUGGUGUGCAUUCUAUUUAUGGUAUGGAUUGACGGCGACGAUCCUUCAAUGUUCUUCCAAUUAUUUAACGCUGGGUUCGGACCUCACAACAUCGUUGUUGAAGAGGUACAAACUCAACUAGGCGGCACAAUCAUUCCGGAUUUGGGCAACGUAACGUUAACAGGAGAUUCGGUGGAAGUGGCAGCGGCUUAUAAAUCAGCUGUUUACGUGAUGCUCAUACAAAUAUUUGCCGCAUACAUCUGUUACAUCUUCGGAAAGUUUGCCUGCAAAAUUCUAAUCCAAGGCUUCAGUUAUGCGUUCCCUAUCAACUUAGUUAUUCCCGUGGUGGUGAAUUUAUUGAUAGCUGCGUGUGGUAUCAGAAAUGGCGAUACUUGUUUUUUUCACGGCACCGUUCCGGAUUAUCUUUACUUUGAAAGUCCACCAGUAUUUACACUAAGCGAUUUCAUAUCACGUCAGAUGGCCUGGGUCUGGUUACUUUGGUUGUUGUCACAAACAUGGGUCACAAUACACAUUUGGACCCCUAAAGCAGAACGUUUAGCGUCCACCGAAAAAUUGUUUGUAGUACCGAUGUAUAACGGUUUUCUUAUAGAUCAAAGCAUGGCGCUUAACAGAAAGCGAAAUGAUCAGAGAGACGUAAAGACUGAGGACCUCGCAGAAAUCGAAAAAGAGAAAGGCGAUGAGUAUUAUGAAACAAUAUCGGUUCACACAGAUGCGACAGGUGCCUCACCCAAAGCAAUCAAAUCUUCGGACCAGAUCACACGGAUUUACGCAUGCGCUACUAUGUGGCACGAAACUAAGGACGAGAUGAUGGAGUUUUUGAAGUCUAUCCUACGGUUGGAUGAAGAUCAGUGUGCUAGGAGAGUUGCACAAAAGUAUUUGCGAGUAGUUGACCCUGAUUACUACGAAUUCGAAACUCACAUAUUCUUGGAUGACGCCUUUGAAAUAUCAGACCACAGUGACGAUGAUUCCCAAGUAAAUCGCUUCGUGAAACUUCUAGUGGAUACCAUCGACGAAGCUGCUUCCGAAGUUCAUCAGACAAUCAUUCGCAUUAGACCACCUAAGAAAUAUCCUGCGCCUUAUGGAGGACGAUUGACUUGGGUCCUACCAGGAAAGACUAAAAUGAUCUGUCAUUUGAAAGACAAGGGCAAGAUCCGUCAUAGGAAACGUUGGUCUCAGGUGAUGUACAUGUACUACCUUCUCGGUCACCGUCUAAUGGAACUACCGAUAUCUGUGGACCGUAAAGAAGUGAUGGCUGAGAACACAUUUUUGUUGACUCUGGACGGUGACAUUGAUUUCCAACCGCAUGCGGUACGUCUGCUUAUUGAUUUGAUGAAGAAGAAUAAAAAUCUGGGUGCUGCAUGUGGCCGUAUUCAUCCUGUAGGUUCUGGUCCCAUGGUGUGGUAUCAAAUGUUUGAGUACGCUAUCGGUCAUUGGCUGCAAAAGGCGACAGAACAUAUGAUUGGCUGCGUACUCUGUAGCCCUGGAUGCUUCUCUCUAUUCAGAGGAAAGGCCUUGAUGGACGACAACGUCAUGAAGAAAUACACACUGCGAUCAGACGAAGCUCGGCAUUACGUACAAUACGAUCAAGGGGAAGAUCGUUGGUUGUGCACACUGUUAUUGCAACGAGGCUACCGAGUAGAAUACUCAGCUGCAUCGGACGCAUACACGCAUUGUCCAGAAGGGUUCAGUGAGUUCUACAAUCAACGUCGUCGCUGGGUGCCCUCCACUAUCGCCAACAUUAUGGACUUGCUCGCUGACUACAAGCAUACUAUCAAGAUAAACGAUAACAUUUCUAGUCCUUAUAUUGCAUACCAGAUGAUGUUGAUGGGUGGUACGAUCUUGGGUCCCGGCACUAUAUUCCUUAUGUUGGUGGGUGCCUUCGUGGCUGCUUUCCGAAUUGACAACUGGACAUCUUUUGAAUAUAAUCUGUAUCCUAUUGCGCUAUUUAUGUUCGUUUGCUUUACUAUGAAAUCCGAAAUACAAUUACUUGUGGCUCAAAUUCUAUCAACUGCAUAUGCCAUGAUAAUGAUGGCUGUGAUCGUCGGUACAGCUCUGCAAUUAGGCGAGGACGGCAUAGGAUCUCCUUCGGCCAUUUUCUUAAUAUCACUCUCAAGUUCGUUCUUCAUAGCCGCCUGUUUACAUCCUCAAGAGUUUUGGUGCAUCAUCCAUGGAGUCAUUUACCUGUUGUCUAUACCCUCUAUGUACUUGCUUUUGAUUUUAUAUUCAAUUAUAAAUCUUAACGUAGUAUCGUGGGGAACUCGAGAAGUGGCAGUGAAGAAAACAAAGAAGGAAAUCCAACAAGAAAAGAAAGAGGCAGAGGAAGCUAAAAAGAAAGUUAAACAGAAGUCUCUAUUAGGUUUUCUUCAAGGAGUUAACAGCAACGAAGAAGAAGGCUCUAUUGAAUUCUCGUUUGCUGGGUUGUUCAAAUGUCUAUUGUGUACACAUCCUAAGGGAAGUGAAGAGAAAGUGCAACUGUUGCAUAUAGCGUCUACCUUGGAGAAAUUGGAAAAGAAAUUAGAAAUUGUUGAAAGAGCAGUUGAUCCCCACGGGUUAAGUAGAAGCCGCAAAUUGUCAGUGGGACUUCGUGGCAGUACGAGUGGGGACCAUCAGUUAGACGCAUUGGCUGAAGGCCCAGAAGAAGACCAUGACUCAGACUCUGAAACCGACACUCUGUCUACAGCGCCUAGGGAAAAACGAGAUGAUUUAAUUAACCCUUAUUGGAUCGAAGAUGCAGAUCUGAAAAAGGGUGAAGUGGAUUUCUUAACCCCUGCAGAAACGUCUUUCUGGAAAGAUUUGAUUGACAAAUAUUUAUAUCCUAUUGAUGCUAACAAGGAAGAGGAGGCUCGUAUAUCCAAGGAUUUGAAAGAAUUAAGAGAUUCAUCUGUCUUUUCCUUCUUUAUGGUCAAUGCCCUUUUUGUACUGAUUGUGUUCUUACUGCAAUUGAACAAGGACAACAUUCACAUUAAAUGGCCCUUCGGAGUAAAAACUAAUAUUACGUACGAUGAGAUUUCUCAAGAGACUCGAAUUGCAAAGGAUUUGGUCGAGCUUCGGAAUAAGUCCGUUUUCGCGUUUGUUAUGUUCAAUGCUUUAUUCAUAUUGAUAGUAUUUUUAUUGCAACUCAACAAAGAUAAACUCCACGUGGAUUGGCCUUUGGGGAUUAAGACAAAUAUAACGUACAUCGAGGAUACAGGCGAGGUGUUGAUCUCAAAAGAAUAUUUGCAAUUGGAGCCUAUUGGUUUAGUAUUCGUAUUCUUCUUCGCUUUGAUCUUGGUCAUACAAUUCUCCGCUAUGUUGUUCCAUAGAUUUGGAACCAUAUCACACAUAUUGGCAUCUACAGAACUUAACUGGUUCUGUUCGAAAAAGUCUGAAGAUUUAUCUGAAAACGCACUAUUGGAUAAAAAUGCAAUAGCGAUUGUAAAAGAUCUGCAGAAGUUGAAUGGGUUAGACGACGAUUAUGACAACGACUCGGGUUCAGGUCCGCAGAAUGUGGGUAGAAGAAAGACUAUACAUAAUUUGGAGAAGGCAAGACAGAAAAAGAGAAAUAUUGGUACGCUUGAUGUGGCCUUUAAAAAGAGAUUCUUCAAUAUGAACGCGAAUGAUGGUCCAGGUACACCAGUACUUAACCGUAAGAUGACAUUAAGACGAGAAACAUUGAAGGCUUUAGAAACGAGAAGAAACUCGGUAAUGGCAGAGAGAAGGAAAUCUCAUAUGCAGACACUAGGUGCCAAUAAUGAAUAUGGAGUUGCCGGACUGCUCAACAAUAACCUAGGUGUCGCCGCACCUCGUCAUAGAACAUCGACUGCCAAUAUAUCCGUGAAAGAUGUAUUUAGUGAACCUAACGGAGGACAGAUCAACCGGGGCUAUGAGGCAACGCUGGGUGACGAAGACGAAACCAACUCACUAAGAUUACAACCUAGACAAAAUACAGUUUCCUUUCAGAGAUUUUAA